AUGUGGGCUAAGGUGCCUUUUCAUCGUGCGAAGAAGUCUGCUGCGAUUGAGGAUUCGACGAACACCAGUUCUUCGAAUCAGAGUGACUAUCGGUCUCCAAACCGGUCUUCAAGCGCACUAUCGGGGGGUCAGAGAUACUAUUCAAAGGAUCUACCGGCAUUGCCAAACGAAGAUCAAGAACUCUCCUAUCCCGGAAAACACCCCGAUUCGAAGCCUCGGAGUGCCUCUGCGACGUUUACAAGAUUCGCACCUGCCGAACCCUCGCGUCAUCGUGCGACCAGUGCUGCUUCUCAGUUACCCUCAGACCAGCCUGAUUUCGAUCGCGAUCCAAAAGAUAGUAGCCUUGCGUCGCCAGAUAUCUCCCCUCCCGGUACGCCGAACUCUUUAAACCACGGGCUGCACAGUAGGGGCAGCUCCCAGAUUUCGCCGAUUGAGGAGGAACCACAGCACGACAGUAUCAAGGUUGAACAAAUGGAAGCGAAACUCGCCAGCCACAUCCCGACUUUGCGCAAGGAGACGCGCAAGGAGAAUUUCGAAUCGAAUUCCGAACGAUCUUACAAGUUAUCCAGUCACAGUCGCGAGAACUCUGGCAAGUUCGGUGGACAUUCGUCCCGCGUCAUAAGCUGGGGCAAGGAACAGCUCCAACCGAAGAAAAAAUUCGCAGAUGUGCGCAGCCGGAUUGCGAAGCAGAAUGACGAUUCGUCUCCCUUCAUUGCCCACGAGCCAUGGAGAGGACCCAGUGGACGGGCGCCCAUAAUGAACCCGAUUUACGAGAAAUCCCGUGCAAGGUCGUCGUCACGUUUGCAUCCUUCCAGAAGCUCUGACAGGCUGAGGGAGUAUGAUCAAGCAUUGCCUGACUCCACAGCUCGCCUCCAGCCGUCGGUAGUCACUACAAUUACAGCCCAGGACAAACAUGCAGGUUCCCGGAAGCAAUCAACCAGCCGGAGCAGGGCUCAUAGCGCCAGUGCAGGCUCUCAGCUGCCGGUAUCUGAAGGCUACAAGAAAAGCGCUCCUCCACGAGUUGACCUACCGAUGUCUGAUUUAAACUCUUCGCUGGCUGAAUUUAAACUGACUGCUCCUACUCCUACUACUGAUACAUUCCCUACAGAGAACGAGCGCCAGCCGGACCAAUUAGAACUCCCUGUAAGUCGCUGCAGUGCCGCGACGGAUAAUUCUGCGAGAAUGGGUGAUACCAGGACCAGUUCUCCAGCACCAGGCAGCGUAGCGGAUAGCAUUGAAAGCGCUUCGCAGCAAUCAACCGAGAAUAGUUUAUCAAUCAUGUCCAGGAAACGACCAGUUCCCAGUACAAUAGCUCCGGGAAGGAAGCCAGUUCGGAAGCCUACUCCAACGCAAGCCGCAGAGGAAGCAGCAGCCAAAGGCCUUUCACUCGUUCCUCCGCAAGAGCAGCAACAACCGAAGAAUCGCAUAGAGGCACUUGAGGAAAGGCAGGGUACGCUCGCGCGGCGCAAGACAAACAUCACUACGAUAAUCGACGAGUUGAACCAGGUGUUCCAACCCACCUCGACGGCGUAUGAUAUGGCUGCCCGAGAGGAGGUCAAGAAAACAAUUGCCCAUCUCAACAACGAGCUUGCAGAUAUUGUUAGAGAAGAGCAUGAUAUUGGCUUGAGACUUCUCCGGGCUUGGAAGAAACGCGAUGAGCAGGAUCUCUACGGCGGUGGCACUGGUCUAUGGGUCAAACGGGUGACUAGCUGA